AUGAAUAAUUCUGUUUCAGAGAACAGUUUUAUCAUUGAGAGUGACGAAGAGGAUGCGGAGAAGGAUUUGAACAAAGUUGGAGAUGAUGGUAACGAGUCUGAUUCUUCCAGUUACUCCACGGAAAACCCUCCACAGCGAAAGCCCAGUUCUUACAACAUCUCAUGGCCUCAGAGUUACAGGAGGCACACUCCUGAAGCACUUCCUUCAGUGACAAAGCCUCUUUUACAUGAUACAGAAGAUGAGCAGCGCCAGAGACGUAGCUCCCAUACCUUGCUUCCUCCUCUUUCUUCUAGAAGAUCUUCUUUGAUUAAGAAGGAUUCCAAGGUUUCUCAUGAUGUUCCCUCUCGCCAAUGCUCUUUUGGACAAGCUGUACUUAAUGGUAAAUUUUUGAAUCUUGGCAUAAAUGUUCUUUGUGGUGUUGGAAUCCUUUCUACCCCUUAUGCUGCCAAAGAAGGUGGAUGGGUUGGGCUCUCAAUCUUGUUCCUUUUCGCAAUUAUUUCAUUUUAUACUGGGCUGCUCUUGCGUUCCUGUUUGGACAGUGAACCUGAGCUUGAAACAUACCCUGAUAUUGGCCAAGCUGCUUUUGGUACUACUGGACGUAUUGCCAUUUCAAUAGUAUUGUACGUGGAAUUAUAUGCUUGUUGCAUUGAAUAUAUAAUUUUGGAGAGCGACAACUUGUCUUCCUUGUUUCCAAAUGCACACUUGAAUUUGGGUGGAAUUGAACUGAAUUCACAUGUACUGUUUGCUGCGAUUACUGCCUUUGCUGUUCUUCCUACUGUUUGGCUUCGUGAUCUAAGCAUUCUCAGUUACAUAUCCGCUGGUGGAGUUGUUGCAUCAAUUUUAGUGGUUCUCUGCUUGUUAUGGGUUGGCGUAGAGAACGUAGGCUUUCAUAGCAAAGGGACCACACUCAAUCUUGCAACUUUUCCUGUUUCCGUGGGUCUUUAUGGUUACUGCUACUCUGGACAUGCCGUGUUCCCAAACAUUUAUACAUCCAUGGCAAAUCAAAACCAAUUCCCUGCAGCGCUCUUAGCAUGUUUUGGUAUUUGUACUUUUUUGUAUGCUGGAGCUGCUGUUAUGGGAUACACAAUGUUUGGUGAAGCUAUACUCUCUCAGUUCACUCUCAACCUGCCUCAAGAAUUGGUAGCAACCAAGAUUGCUGUCUGGACUACGGUAUACUUCCUGUCUUAG